GUCUCUCUCCUCCUUUCCCCCAAAUCGAUCGACGGACGGACGGAAGAAGAAGAAACUCCUUCCAUGGCGAUUUGGUUCUAGCCUUCCUUCCCGAUUAUUCCCCUUCCUUCCUUCUCGCCCGCCCGGCCGGCUGCUCGCAGUCCCAACCGCCGGCGGCUUCCGCGCAUCCAAUUCCAAUCUGCACGCCACCGCCCAGCUGCCGCCGUGCCCAAGGAGGAGGAGGACCCAAGGAGCAAGAACCACCGGGGCUCCUGGUCCGGGGAGCAACCAAGAUAACCAACCGACCCCUCACCUGCAGUUUCUGCAUCAUCUGCACUUUGUUUACCUCAUUCACGACCAUCGGGAGGGCAAAGCAGAUGACAGAUUGAUACUAGAUACUACUCCUAUAUUCAUAGUCAUAGGAAGGAGAUAGAUCGAUAGAUGGCGGAAAUGGUCGGGCCGCGCGUGUACAGCUGCUGCCACUGCCGCAACCACGUCUGCCUCCACGACGACAUCAUCUCCAAGGCCUUCCAGGGGAGGAAUGGCCGCGCGUUCCUCUUCUCCCACGCCAUGAACGUCACCACGGGGGCCAAGGAGGACCGGCAGCUCAUGACGGGGCUCCACACCGUCGCCGACAUCCACUGCCGUGACUGCCGCGAGGUGCUCGGGUGGAAGUACGAGCGCGCCUACGAGGAGUCCCAGAAGUACAAGGAAGGCAAGUUCAUAUUCGAAAAGGCCAAGAUCGUGCAGGAGAAUUGCUAGGCAAAUAAAUGAAACAAAAAGAUAAGAUUCAACACAAACACAUGUGUGCUCCCAGGAGAAUGCUAUGCUCUCUCUUCUUUGUACAUAGCAGCAGUCAGUUUUCUUCUUGUUUCUAAAACUACUACUACCAGUCUGUUGGUGUUAUUUCCAUGCCAUUUGUGAUUUCUUCUUUCAAAUGGUUUGUGAUUUCUUGUGUGGGGAGACAAGCUUGUUAUCUUCAUUUGUGUGGGAACCAUUUUCUCAUUGGUCAUAAAUAAAAUGGAUGGUUUAACAAUG